AUGGAAACUGCCGUCUCAUCACUUGUUUCACCAGAGCUAGUUUCUCAAUUCAACCAAGUCUUUUUAAAUUUGGCCACUAAUGAUAAUGAUCUACGAACAACAGCCGAGAAACAAUUAAAUGAACAGUGGCUCGCCCAACAACCAAACUUUUUACUUCUUUCACUAACACAACUCGGUAGAACUCACGACAAAAUCGAGGGAAGAGCAUUUGCUUUUGUACUGCUUCGUAGAAUUGCUUUUAGACAAGUACAAAAUCAAACUGUUAAGAUUGAUGGUGUGACUGUAUGGGAUUCUAUUCCAUCUCAGAGUAGGGAGGCUAUUAAACAUGACUUAUUGAUUGCUUUAUCAAUUGAGCAAGAAAACACUUGGGAUCAAUUAUUACCGGCUCUUUUUGAAGCAAGUAAAUCACUUUCCGUUGAACAUCGUGAAGCUGCUCUACGUAUAUUUUCAGCUGUACCUACUCUUAUCACAGACCAACCAAUAGAGAUUGUAAAACAAGUUUUUUCUGAAAAUUUACAAGUUGUUGACAAUCCAGAGAUUCGUAUGGCUACUUUGAAAGCUUCCGUCGCUUUUGUUUUGGAAACUGACCAGCAAAACAGGAGUUCUUUUGCUGAGUUAAUGCCACAAAUGUUAGAUGUGCUUUUUCCCUUGGUAACCAAACACGAUGGAGAUGGAUUGAUUGAUGGUAUAAUGGUGUUCAUUGAACUGGGCGAAAGUUUACCUCGGAUAUUUAGACCUGUACUUUCUAGUGUCAUUUCCUUUUCUGUAAGCAUUAUGAAGGACAAAUCUUUUGAGGAUAAUACUCGUCAAACUGCUUUGGAGCUAUUGUUGACUUUAUCAGAAACAUCUCCAUCAAUGAUGCGUAAAUCACCUGAUUUUUGUACUCAAGUUAUACCAAUUGCUUUGGAGAUGAUGACAGAUUUGGUAGACAUAGAAUCAUGGCAUACCACAGAUGAUUUGGAAGAUAGUGAUAAUGAUGAAAAUUAUGUGGUUGGUGAGCAUGCCAUGGAUAGAUUGGCUCGUAAUCUUGGUGGAAAAGCUGUACUUCCAAUAGCUUUUCAAUAUAUUCCUUCCAUGUUGGGAUCUGAAAGUUGGGAACAACGCCAUGCAGCUCUAAUGGCUAUUUCUGCUAUUGGUGAAGGUUGUGUGAAGAUCAUGGAAGCUGAAUUGGGAAAAAUUAUCGAAUUGGUAUUGCCGUAUCUCAGAGAUCAAAAUUCUAGAGUAAGAUAUGCUGCUUGUAAUGCUAUUGGUCAAAUGUCAACAGAUUUUCAAGAUACACUCCAACGAAAAUAUCAUCAACUUGUUCUCACCAAUUUAAUUCCCGUAAUGGAUGCACCUGAAGCUAGAGUUCAAGCUCACGCGGCUGCAGCUCUAGUUAAUUUUUGUGAAGCAGCUGAUAAAUCAAUACUUGAACCAUAUUUGGAUACAAUUUUUGAAAGACUACUUGUUCUUUUAAAUUCAGGAAGAACUUAUGUUCAAGAACAAGCCAUCACCACCAUCGCUACUGUAGCUGACAGUUCAGAAGAUAGAUUCGUAAAAGUAUAUGCUUGUCAGAAAGAAUAUCGAUUGUUACGUGGUAAAGCGAUGGAAUCUUUGGCGGUUGGAAAAGAAAUUUUUUUACAAAAUGCUCCUGAAUUUAUACAGUUGUUGACGAUGAUUCAACAAUCUGUUACUGAACCUGACGAUCCUCAAGUAUCAUAUCUUAUUGCUUCUUGGGCUAGAGUUUGUAAAGUACUUGGUCCAGAUUUUGUGCCCUACCUUCCAACUGUUAUGCCACCUCUUCUUCAAUCUGCUCAAUUAAAACCUGAUUUUGCUAUCUUAGAUCCCGAUGAAGAUAUUGAAAACAAAUAUUCAAUUGAAGAUGGUUGGGAAUUUGUAGGUGUAGAGGGUCAGCAAAUUGGUAUUAAAACAACUGUAUUGGAAGAAAAAUGUACAGCUGUUGAAAUGUUGAUUUGUUAUGCUCGUGAACUAGGACCAGCAUUUUGUCCAUAUGUUGAGCAAGUUUUGGAAAUCGUCUUGCCAUUAUUAAAAUUUCUUUUUCACGAAGGUGUUAGAAAUGCUGCAGCAGCCACAAUUCCUCAUUUAUUACAAGCAGUCAAAAAAGCAAAUGCUAGCCCAGAAUAUAUUCUAAAUAUGUGGCACACGAUUGCAAAAAAAAUUAUCGAGUGUAUUAUGAUCGAGACUGAUACCAGUUUUCUAUGGCAAUUGUAUGUUACUUUUCAUGAAUCACUUGAGGUGGUUGGUGAUAAUAGUCUUGAUGAGCAAUUAUUGAAUGUUUUUACCAAAGCUACUGAAGCCCAAUUGCAAGAAUUCUAUCGAAGAUUGCAACAACGCGAACAAGCUCGUCAUAGUGGCGAUUAUGAUGCUGAUGACGAGGACCUUAUUAUGGAAGAAGAGGCGACAGAAGAAGGUGUUUUGGGUGAAUUGUCAAAAGCUUUACAUGUCAUCCUGAAAACUCAUCGAACAGCGUAUCUUUCAUCAUUUGAUAAUUUAUUGCCCGUUGUCAAAAUGUUUUUAGCUGACGCUAAUUCAUCUGCUAGGCAAUGGGCUUUAUGUGUCAUUGAUGAUGUUAUUGAGUUUACUGGACCCGCGCAAGCUGCAGCGUAUGGUAUUGGAGUAUGCGCACAAUUUGGAGGAGAAAACUACACAGACGCAAUUGCAGCAUCAUUAAAUCCAUUAUUUCAAAUAAUAAACACUGAAGAUUCAAGAAAAGAUGAAAAUGUUUAUGCAACAGAAAAUGCCAUUUCAGCGAUCACAAAAAUACUUAAAUUUAAUAAUACUAAAAUAGACGUAAACACAGUACUGCCUUCAUGGUUUGCAUCACUUCCCAUUCUUUACGAUGAGGAAGAGGCAGCUCUUACCUAUUCAUACUUAUUAGAUCUAUUAGAGGCACAACAUCCAGCAAUUCUUGGAAAUAACAAUGCAAAUCUCCCUCAUAUUGUUAAUAUUUUUAUUGAUGUACUUGCAGCUGAAAUAUUACCGGAAGAUACAGCUACAAGGAUGGUUAGUGCUUUAAAAGUUAUUCUAAACAGUUUUACAGAAGAAUAUAAAACAACAUUAUGGAAUUCUAUUGAUCCCGAUAAACAAAUGACUUUACAGUAUCAGUUUAAUUUUGGUGGAAAAGAUGAAAAAACGGGAUUACCAACAUUAUCAUUUAGACCUCAAAAUGUCACAGUGGUUAAAGGUGAUACGAUUGUAUGGAUCUUUGAUGGUGGAAAUCAUAAUGUAGUUCAAUCAGAUGGACCUGAUGGUUCAUGCGAAUUAUCAACCGCAACUGAUGCUUUUCAAUCAGUAACUAAUCCACCUACCAAUCAAUUUACAUUGGAUAUUACAAAAGAUAAGGGUAUACUUUGGUAUUUAUGUAGUGUGCAAAAUCAUUGCAGUGGAGGUGACAAGCCAUCAUCUGCUAAUUCAAUUAAGAAUAAUAAUCUCAGUAUUAGUAAUAAUUUAUUUAAUUUAGUAAUAUUUAGUGGAAGUGUUGUCUUAAUUUCUUUAUUAUUCUAA